GAAAAGACAGGCGACAGAAUUAAUUGCCCAAGGUCCACAAUGAGCUGUCACUAAUGUCAUUUGAAGAUCAAGUUGCUGCAAUUGCAAUUUGCGACGAGCUUUACUUUCUUAGUUUUCCAAGAUCUGAAAAAAAAUGGCUUACAAUCUUCAACCUCUAAUCACCAUUCUUGAAGGAAUCCUUGAUUCUCAGCAAACAAGAUGGAUUGUUGAUGAAAACAACCCUCAACUCCAAUCCCUCCUUCAUAGAGCUACUUCUCUUCAGCACCUCCUUAAUAGUAAAUCUUCACCAAUGACCAAAAUAGACAGCCAAAUAAGAGAAGUAGCACAUCAAGGUGAAGACAUCAUUGAAUCUCACAUGGUUGAUCAAAUCCUCUCCGGAUCAGAUUGCGUGAGGUUCACUUUAUGCACACCAGAUCUGCAACAAGUAACACAAGAACUUGAUUCUAUUAUGGAGCAAGCGAAGAAGAUCAUAGAGAUGGAGGAUAACAAGAUGCUUCGAGAAGUUAAUUCUGCUAUGGAACAAGUGAAGGUCGCGGAUAAGAAGAUGCCGUCUAGCCGUUCAUCAUCCAGUGUUAGUGUUGUGGUGGGAAUUGAUGAAGAUCUGAUGCAGCUCAAGGAUCGGCUGACCUGUUUGGAGAAGAAGAGGGAGAUCGUCCCCAUCGUUGGUAUGGGUGGAGUAGGUAAAACCACUCUCUCUCGAAAGCUUUAUGAUGAUCCAUUGAUUGUUUGUCACUUUGCAUGUCGUGCUUGGACCACAAUCUCACAAGAUUACAAUUUGCCGCAAAUUCUCAAAAGCCUUCUUCGUUGCAUAACUGGAAACGAAUGUGAUCAACCUUCUGAUAAUUUAAAAGAUAUGUUGUAUAAGAGUUUGUAUGGUAGAAAGUACUUUAUCGCAUUAGAUGAUAUAUGGAGCACAAAAUUAUGGGAUGAGAUAAGGGUGUACUUUCCGGACAACAAGAACGGGAGUCGCAUUGUUAUCACCACUAGGGAAUAUGAUGUGGCGAACUAUGUUGACUCUUCGAGAUCGCAACAUCAUGUGCAGUUGCUUGGCAAGUCUGAAAGUUGGAAUCUGCUUCGUCAACUUGUGUUUGUAGAAGAAGAGUGCCCUCUUGAAUUGCAAGACAUUGGUCGAAUGAUUGCUUGCGAUUUAUGCAUUGCAAGACAAAAGGAAUGGAGAACCAAAGAGGUAUAUCAUGCAUGAUAUGUUGAGGGAUUUAUGCAUUAGGAAAUCUGGUGAAGACAUGUUUAUGACUGGUCCCAACAAGUUCACAUUCUCUAAUCCACGCCGCAUGUGUUUUCACACAUCAGAAGAAAUGGAAGGUGUUAAUGAUUCAAGAGAAUCAAUGUCACUAACUCGAUCUGUUAUAUGCAUGGGCUAUCGGAAUGCUGGGAUUCCAUUUGGGACAUUUUCCGCGUCAAGAUUGCUGAGGGUGUUGGACUUUAUUGAUAGGGAUUUCGAAUGUUUCCCAACUGUAUUAUUUGAACUUGUCAACCUACGCUUCUUACGUUUCGUUAGAAUAUUGCUGCGAAUCCGCAGUGGCCUCAGCAAAAAGGAUCGUGGAGGAGCAAUCUGAAUAUGGAAACAACGAUCUCAAGCUUCGCAUCGUUGACUGACUGAGCUGUGGUCGCACUUCCCAAAGGUGAUCAAAGAAAUGAUUGAACAAUUCGAGAUUGCCGAGCACUUGAUGAGGAGUGAGGAUGUGGACCUCGCUCUUCAAGGAGUGGUUGAUUUGCUCAAGGAGAAGAAGGUAAAACAAGAAGACUUAAAUAUGGUGGAGAGUGAUGCUAAGGAAAUGAAAUUAGGUAGAGAUGUUGUUAAUAAGGAGAAGGGGGAAAAGGGAAUUUCUGGAAAUCUGUGAUCAAAUUUCCGAGACAACAAGGGAAAGAAAAUAACAUGUGAAAAUUUGAUGAUGAUAUAAAAAUUAGUAUCCCAUUUUCAAUCA